AGACGGGGAAUGUUUACACUGUAUGACAGUUCUUGUGAUUUUCUCUCAUUUUUAAGGUUGCAUUUCUACGUAUUCUCGGCACUGAUUAAUAAGUUCUCAUAUUCCGUCACACACCAUGUCGGAAUCCUAUGAUUUUCUUUUCAAAUUCCUGGUAAUUGGGAGUGCCGGGACAGGCAAAUCUUGCCUUUUGCAUCAGUUUAUUGAGGGAAAAUUUAAGGCAGAGAGUAAUCACACCAUUGGCGUAGAGUUUGGCUCGAAAAUUGUCAAUGUUGGAGGCAAGUCAGUCAAGCUGCAAAUAUGGGACACAGCCGGCCAAGAACGAUUCAGGUCUGUCACUCGUUCCUAUUACCGGGGCGCUGCAGGGGCCUUAUUGGUGUAUGAUCUCACUUCUCGAGAUAGCUACAAUGCCCUUGGAAACUGGCUGGGAGAUGCCCGCACACUGGCCUCUCCUAACAUCAUGAUUCUGUGCGUGGGAAACAAGAAGGAUUUGGAAGAAGAGCGACAAGUGACCUUCAUGGAAGCAUCAAGGUUUGCACAGGAAAAUGAACUGAUGUUCAUGGAAGCCAGUGCGCUGACGGGAGAAAAUGUAGAAGAAGCAUUCCUUAAGUGUGCUAAGAGUAUUCUAGCUAAGAUUGAGACAGGAGAGCUGGACCCAGAAAGGAUUGGCUCCGGGAUUCAGUAUGGGGAUGCCACUCUUCGCCGCCUUAACCGUGCAAAUAGUCAGCGCUCGAAAGCUGGAGCCGAGUGCAUGGGUUCCUCAUGUAGGAUUUGAAGGUUGAUGAGUUGGUAUAUGUAUGUUUAGACCCUAUGAGAGUUUGUUAUGGCAAAGAUUGUUUAAAUUUGACCAGUUUGAUUGUGGAGAUCUUCAGAGGGCAACGUGCUACUACUACAGAUAUACACUACAGUCAGAUGUGAAAGCAUUAGCAGUAUGUUUUAUUCUGAAUGUUAUAUGACAGAGAGCAUUAUUUUUGAGGUGGAUCACAAGCAGUGGAGAAAUGUCUUGUAAUCAGCACUAAAAUUGUUUAUGAUGAAAACCUGAAAGAGUACAUGGUAUCAGUAUUUUGUUUCAUUUUUUAAAAUUUAUGUUGGUUUUAUGUUUUGUGUCAGAGAAUGCAAGGGGGUAUUUUCAUUGGCAUUUAUCUUAAGUAAUAAUUGGGGCCAAUUUCUAAUCAGGGAUAAAUUUGCUGUGCAUUGUUUUUCCCUUUGAAAUGCAGUAUUUUGAAAACAUUCUUUUUUGUCUAUUGUUUCCUUUAUCAUUUUUGAUGAUUUAAAUAUGACUGUUUAGAAAGAUUAUUGAAUAUGUUUGCCUUAAUGUGCAGAGAAUUUUUAAUGCCAUUUUAUUUACAAAGAUUUUUUUUCUUCUUCUUCUUCUUUUUCUUUAUCUUUUUCUUUUUCAUAUUGUGUAUUUUACCUUUUCAGUCAUUUUCCCUUAUAAGCAUAAAAUAUUUUGCGUGUAUAUAUAGUCUAUAGAUAUUAGAUUUUACUUCCCAGCAAUAAUCUGUUUUCGUUUUUACGGGUGAUGUUGAGAAAGCUGUAAUUUUUGCUUUCGCAUGCAGCAACGUCUCUCAAAAGUAGUCAGCUUCUUCCUCUUUUUUUUCUUUCUUUCUUUCCUUUUUUUCUCUAUUAAUUAUCAAUAUCCAUAUCAGCAUCACACAGACCAAUGUUCAUGGUAAUUCCUAUCUCUAGAUUUCACAAUAAACCAGAGAGAAUUUGUAUUGAAAAUAUUAUGAUCACUCUGGGAAGAUUUCCAGGAUGUGGAAAUUUGCAAGAUUAUUUUGUUAAACUGGUAAUGACAGAGUGUCCAUGGUCAGUAUGUAAGUACAUGCUUAUUACACCAUUUAGAUAUGCAAAAUACAGGUGAUUCAUAUAUUCUCUCUCUCUCUCUCUCUCUCUCUCUCUCUCUCUCUCUCU